CGAGAGCGGCACGGAUUUAGUGAGCCUCGCGCCGCCGUCGCGUGCGGGUGUACCUCGCGUGCAUGCCCUACACUCUCUCCAUCCCUCUCUCCCAAAUCCUAAGUGCUGCCCGUGCGAAAGGAACACUAGUGGAAAAAUAUAAAACUAGAUAAAUUCCGAUGUGACGGGAGGGCUCACCGUGAGCGAUGUAAGCCGAUAGCCAAGUGCUGCCAACAUGUGCUCCUGGGUCGUGACAGCCCUCAUCAUCCUCUAUGCUAUGGGUGGCGAUGGUCAGGAGCACGGGCCGGUGUUCCUGAUGGAGCCGCCUCCGCGGCUAGUGUUCUCGAACAGCACGGGGGCGCGCGUGUCGUGCGCCGCGCAUGGCUUCCCGCCACCCCAGCUCGCCUGGCAGCAGCCCGACGGGGCCCAGCUCGACGACGUCCCUGGACUCAGACAAGUGCUGGACAACGGAACGUUGGUGUUGCUGCCGUUCCCAGCAGCACAGUACCGGCCCGACGUACACGCGACCGUGUACCGCUGCCGCGCCCACAACGCACACGGUGCUAUACUCUCGCGUGAUAUGCGCACGCAAGCGGUGGUGUGGCAGGAGUGGCAAGUUCGCGUGACAUCCACACAGGCCGAAGCCGGAGGGCCAGCCUUACUCACUUGCGUCGUGCCGGCGGCGAUGCGAGAACAUGCAUCCGUCGCAGCCUGGUACAGGAACGACGCGGUACUGCCCGCAGCCGACCAUCUGUCGGGCUCCACACUGCUCGUGGGCGACGGAUGGAAGCUGAUAGUGCGCUCGGUGGGUGUGGAGGAUGCGCGCGCGCAGUACUCGUGUUCUGUCCUCGACUCCCUGACGGGCGAGCGGCGGCAGAGCGUUCCAGUCAGCAUCGAUGCCACCCCUAUGAGCGUGGCGUCGGCACCUCGCUCCAUCGUACACGGCCAGUGGGAGGCGAGCGUGAGGCGCGGCGGAGACGUCGCGCUGCCUUGCUUGGUGCAUGCUAGUCCGCCCGCUUCCAUCACGUGGUACCGGGAGACAGCCGGUGGGGUGCUCCGCGAGGUGCGCGACAACGAGGGCAGCGGCAGAUACAGUCGGACCCACGACGCGCUCGCCAUCAGGAGAGCGGAGAUAGCUGACGGCGGCCGAUGGGCGUGCCGCGCCGCCAAUCCACACGGCCACCUUACACUGCGACUGCAUUUAGCUGUACACGCACAUCUAACUGUGCAUGCUCAACCGCAUACACAAGUGGUAAACAGCGGUGGUACCGCUAUUAUCAACUGUACAUGGGGCGGCUGGCCAGCUCCGCGACUCGAGUGGCUUCACAAUGGUGUCCCAUUGGGAGCAGGAGUUGCUGGUGGUCGCGUCCGAGUUCAGAACAACGGGGAACAGCUCAUUAUCACCGCCGUCCAUCGAGCAGAUAAAGGAGUGUAUCAGUGCAUGGCUCGAAAUGAAAGGGAUUCGGCGCAGGCCAGUGCGGAAUUGAGGCUAGGAGACACAGCGCCCGAACUACAAUACACAUUCAUCGAGCAAGUCCUGAGACCAGGGCAGGUGGUGACGCUGAAGUGUUCCGCUGUUGGCUCGCCACCGCCACACUUCACCUGGAUGUUGGACGGGCAGCCCCUUAACACCAUAGCCAUGGGACCUAGAUUUAGUGUUGAACAAUUCGCGACAAAGGCGAACGACGUAAUCAGCUAUUUGAACAUCUCAGCGGUGACGUCAGAUGACGGCGGUCUCUACACGUGCAGGGCGGCCAACUCGCUUGGUGAAGUGGCACACACAUCCAGGCUUAACAUUUAUGGCCCACCUUACGUAAGAUCAUUGGCGCCCAUCAGAGCAGUCGCUGGUCGCGAACUGAUGCUCUACUGUCCAUAUUCUGGCUACCCCAUUAGUUCUGUUAAGUGGCAUAGAGAUGGAAAACCUGUCGAAUGGGAUAGCAGUGUAGACGGUGCUCUCAGAGUAGCGAGGGUCGAUCCUUCACACGCAGGCACCUACACCUGUCUGGUGAUGGGUGCUCACGGGGAAACAGCCAGGAGGGAGCUGCAGCUAGUAGUUAGCAACCCGCCAGAAAUAGAACCGUUUUCCUUCUCAGCGAAUCUGCAAGAAGGAAAACGGGCUCAGGUCAGCUGCAGCGUGACAUCGGGAGAUAUGCCGGUACACUUCACGUGGCUGAAGGACAACGCACCUAUACCCACCAGUUUACAGGUGGAAGAACGAGCUGCUGACUUUUUCAGCAAUCUCGUAUUCAAAGAGGUGUCAGCCCGUCACAGCGGGCUGUACACGUGCGUGGCUUCAAAUUCAGCUGCCAAAGUUAACUAUACGGCCGAGUUGGUGGUGAAAGUUUCACCAAAAUGGGUGGUGGAACCAAAGGACGAAGCGGUGCUGGCUGGAGAGCCCCUGGCGCUACACUGCCAGACCACUGGCUCACCACCACCGCAGAUCACGUGGUUGAAACAAAGAGGGUCAUCAUCUACAGAUUCCAUCCCUCUGAUCAACCUCGGUGGUCGCUUCCAGCAGCUGCCCAACGGGACGCUAUGGAUCGAAUCAGCGCUGCCGUAUGAUGAGGGCCACUACACAUGCAAGUCUGAGAACGGGGUUGCCCCGACGCUCUCUAAGAGUAUAGCAGUGGCUGUAAAUGAGCCGGCCCGGUUCGAAUUGACGUCGCACAAUAUGACGGCGCGGAGGGGCGCGGCCGCCACGCUCGCCUGUGACGUCCGCGGGGACAGCCCUAUACGGGUUACGUGGGCGCACAACAUGAACCACCUAGAUCUUAAUACUUAUAGGUUAAGUAUAUCCGAAGCAAAGACUGAUAGUGGUUUAAGGUCCCAAUUAUAUAUAAGCAGAGCAGACAGGGAAGACUCGGGUGUAUACAAGUGCCAAGCAGUUAACGCCUACGGUCAUAGUGACCAUUACAUUUAUCUUUCCGUCCAAGAAAAGCCCGAUACGCCCCACUCGCUAUCUGUAACCGAGAUCCUAAGUCGAGCGGUGCGGUUAUCCUGGAGUCAGGGGUUCGAUGGCAACUCGCCGCUGGUGGGCUACACGCUGCAGUACUGCGUGCUUAGCGCGCAAGGCGCCAUCCGAGUCAAUCAGUGGGACACCGCAACCAGUCUCAAUGUCUCCGUCCAUGGCACUCCGCAUACCACUGUCAUAUUGACAAAAAAAGGUGACAUCCAUUACGAAGCGUUGCUGAACACUCUGAAGCCUCACACAGCGUAUAUGAUUCGCAUCGCUGCCAUCAACCAAAUAGAUAGGAGUGCCUUCACUGAACCCGUUGUGGUUAAAACACAAGAAGAAGCACCGUCAGAAGCUCCCACGAACGUGCAAGUGACAGCAGGCGGAGCAGGCGAGCUGCACGUGUCGUGGCGACCGCCGCCCCGGGACGCCUGGCACGGGGAACUGCUCGGCUACUCUGUCACAUGCACUGAACUGAACCCACCUGGUGCACCUCACAGGAACGUCACUAGAACUUUAACAGUAAACGGGUGGUCGGCAACCGAGCUCAACUUAUCAGCCCUAAGGAAGUUUACUCGAUACGAGGUGCGUGUGAGAGCGUUCAACGGAGUCGCAGCCGGACCGGCCUCCGCGCCUGUGUCAGCCACCACUUUAGAAGGAGUUCCCGAGUCACACCCGAUGACAGUAUCCUGCUUUCCUCUCUCAUCUUCGAGUAUGAAAGUGACUUGGAACCCACCCCCGAUUGGUCAGCAUGGUGGUCUUAUACAGGGAUACAAAGUGAUCUAUUCUCCUUUUACUUCAGACCAAGCAGAUGUGGGGGAGAUCAAACGAGUCACAACGACUGACACUUACCUACACACCCUGAGGAAGUAUACCAAUUAUUCCAUCCAAGUACUAGCGUUCACCAACGCCGGAGACGGCAAGAGAAGUCCUCCAGUUUUCUGCAUGACAGAGGAAGAUGUACCAUCAGCUCCCGAGAAAAUCAAAGCAUUAGCGUACUCCAGUGAUACGGUAUUAGUUAGCUGGCUCCCUCCAGUACACCCUAAUGGGAUCAUAACCCAUUACACUGUAUACUACAGAGAAGCGGGAAGGUUAGGUAAACACUCGAGUUUCACGGUAACAGCAGACAAGAAGGCCGAUAUAGAACUUAUGUUUCAAGUUAGAAACCUAAUGGAGACACAGCUCUAUGAGUUCUGGGUGUCAGCCACCACCGGCUCGGGGGAAGGCGAGUCCACGCUUGUCGUGGGGCAAGGACCUGCUUCAAGGAUCCCGGCGCGGAUCGCGUCGUUCGGGCGCGCGGUGCGCGUGGCGCGCGGGCGCGGCGCGCUGCUGCGCUGCUCGUGCGUGGGCGCGCCGCCGCCGCGCUCGCGCUGGGCGCACGCGCGCGCGCCAGUCACGCACCACGCCUACUACCAGGUCACGCACGCCGGACACCUGCGCCUGCGCGAAGUGAACGAACAAUCUUCGGGUAACUUCACAUGUACCGCCAGCAACACCAUCGGCGAGGACUCGAUAGUGUAUGUGGUGUCAGCGGUACUGCCACCAGGCGCGCCCACUCUUUCCCUGCAGUACACCACUGCUUCCAGUAUCAAACUCCAUUGGCAACUGCCUGGGGAUACCACCGAUCCUAUAUUAGGCUACAUCCUCCAACACAAACAAGGUUCUGAAACUGAUUGGCAUACCGUAGAGUUAUCUCCAGAUGUUACUUCUUACAUUAUGGACAUGCUUAAGUGCGGCACCACAUACAACGCAAAGAUUCAGGCGAGAAAUAAAGUCUCUAUAGGCCCUCCUUCUGAAGUACUGACUGCAACCACUAGAGGUGGACGACCAAAGCCUCCCAAGCCAGAAGAUCAUGUACAUAUGAACUCAACAGCGAUAAAAAUAAACUUCUACGCGUGGCGAGACGGCGGCUGCCCUAUACUGGGGUUCAGGGUUUCGUACAGAAGAGCAGGCACCGAACAUUGGAUCAAGGUGGGUGACGGGUUGAGUACAGCCAGCCACGUGGUAGGGGAUCUGACCCCAGCCACAUGGUACGAGCUUGCCGUCGAAGCGUACAGUGACGCAGGCGUCGAACGUGUCACUUUACGAGUGGAUACACACACGCUUGCUGGAGGGCGCAUCCCGCCGGCAGCAGUAGGCGCGGGCGCGGGUGGCGGCGGCGCGUGGCCGGGCGCGGGUGCGGCGCGCGGCGCUUCCCUGCGCGCCGUGCUGGUGUCGUGCGGCGCGGCCGCCGCGCUCGUGCUGGCCGCGCUCACCGCGCUGCUGUGCCUGCUGCACACCAAGCGCAAAUUUUUAUGUGUCUCAAGUGACCACUACAUGCGGGACGAUAGAAAGUUAAGUGAGAGCAACGAGGCGGAACGAGAGAAACUUAGAGAAGGACAGAAACUGUAUUCGUCUUCGUCGAUCAAUGGAAACGAAAAGUCAAAUGAUGACUCUUCAGCGGAACUGUACGAGAUUAGUCCGUACGCGACGUUCGGCGUGUCGGCGGCGCACUCGCUGCAGUUCCGCACGCUGGCGCGCCGCGACGACGACGCCGCGCCGCCGCACCGCCGCCGCCACCGCGCCUGCGACCACUACCGAUACGAUGAAUCGAGCCUGUCUAAAUCCUCGACAGUGGAGGCGCGGCACCGCAUGCGCGCCGCGUGCGCGGCCGCCGGCGGCUGGCGGGACGCGCACACCGACUCCGACGACAACAGCGACAGUGCUGCCAACACCACCACUAAAGGUUCAGGUGGAUCGCCGUGUGGUAGUACGUACGGCAGCGGGCGACGUAGCGCGCGCACCACCAGCAGUGGUGGCCUAAACGGGAGUGAUGGACUCUCGGGAACCUUUGGGCCUGUUCCAGCAGAUAUAUCUUCUUUAAUUGAUAAAUACCAACAGCGUAAAGAACAAGAACGUCGGGAAUGUACUAUUCACGUGUAACAUCCCAUGGUCCAUUGUAAAUCAAUCUUUUAUUUUAAUCCAAAUAAAGCUAAUGCGUUGCCCAAAGAAUUUCUACUAUUUAACUUUCUAUAAAAUCAUCCCUCCAUUUCAUAUAUUUCUUAAAAUAAUGCCAGGCCAUAAUUGUAUAAUAAAAUCGGGCUUAAAUCGUUGUGUGAUCAAGUCACAACAUGUGACACCCCAAUUAUUUAAUGUUAUAAAAAAAAAUAUUGUUAUGUAAAUUAUAUAAUGUGAUUUAUCUGAAUACUGUUGAUAUGAACAGUUUAGAUUUUUAAAAUUGCAGAUUAUUUGAAUUUGUAAAUAAAUAGUUUUAAUGUAUAGUUAUUUACUAAUAAGAUAUUUAAUUGCUGUGAGACUGUUAUUUAACGAUGUAAAGUUUUAUUACAAAAGGACUAUGCUCACUAUAAUCGAAAUAUAUUUUUAAAUGUAUAAAUCGACAUAGUUGACUCCAUGAUUUUAUAAUAGUAAUUAUAAUAUUAACACAGUGCGGUUUCAGAGGAGCUUCCUCCCGCGAACACUCAGGUCGUAGAAUAAUUUUCCUGUCAAGAUUUUCCCAAGAGACUAGAGGCAACUUCAAAAAGGGUGUAAUAAGGUUUCUUAAGAGUUGGCAACGCGCGCGUGAUGCCUCUGGUGUUUUAGGCAUCUAUAGGCUACUGUAACACCGUUUACCAUCACACAGACCAUAUGCUUGUUUACCACCAUUGUAGUAUAUAAAUUUAUAUUAUUAUUAUAUUAUGAACAUAAGCUUCACUCAUAAGAGGGGUUAAGAAUACAAUAAUUCCUAUUUCUAUAUAAUCUCUUUAUUUAACCAAUUGAUGUCUAUUACUUUUAAAUUCUGAAAAAACAGUACUGAAGGCUUACCAUGAAAUGUUUUCCGAAAUUUCGGAGCCAAACGAAACACAAAUUUGAUGUUAAAAUUUGAUAAUACAAUCCGUUUGGAAAUAUUAAAAAUGUUAAAAAAUUGUUCCUUUGGACCUUUAUGAUAGGAUGUAUGACGAACGAAAUGUUAAACUCCAUUUAUUGAUCCGAUUUUGGUAUAAACAAAAACACGAAAUUGAGUCCGAAAUUUCGGAAUUUCAUUUCAUGGUAGACCCGCUGUUUAAAUUGGACUAAUUAAUACCUAUACAAUUAUAUAAUUUUUAAUAUUAGAAAAUAGAAUGAAUUAGAAAGAAAAAUUUGUUUAGCCAUUUUAAUGUAAUCACAUAAUAGGAAAACAUUGUGUAUUAUAAUUUUUAUUAUUAUACAUUUCGUAGAAGUAAUAAUCUUACAGCAAGUUACCAUGAUAUUAAAUGUGCAUCUGGUAUCAACAGUAACUGUUAAAUUACCCCAAAAGAUGAAUUAUGUUCAGAUAAUAUUCAGAUGCAUAUUUCAUAAGAAAUAAUUAAGUUAAAUGUAAUUUAAGUCUAGAUCUAAGUAAGGUUAAAUGCCUGUUCCAAACCGCAAAAGAUACAUAUCAUUAAAAUAGACUGCCAAUAUUUAAGUGAUUCGUAAUUCUUUUUACUGUAUUGUUGAUUAUUAUAGUUAAAUAGAUAAUAAUAUACACUAUUGUAUAAAAAUCUUUCUAUAUACAUGUUGUGUAAUAAUAAAAUUAUUAAUAAUAGAACGAAGAAAGAAAAUAAAGAUGUGUGUUGUGGUAUGCAGUUUUAUU